AUGUCAUUAACAAAUUCAAGUAAAAUUUUUAUUGGAAGUAUACCUAAAGAUGUAACGGAGGAAGAACUAAAAACUGAGGCAGCAAAGUAUGGUACCAUAACACAAGUUUAUUACGUACCAGCUACGGCUCAGAGUCCAAGAGGAUGGGCAUUUAUUACAUACGAGCAAAGGUCUGAAGCAUAUAAAGCAAUUGAAGCUUUAGACUAUAAAUGUAUUUUUCCAAAUAGCCAAAGACCAUUAGAUGUAAGAUUUGCAAGUUAUAAAUAUAAUAAUACAAAUGAUGCUCAAGGAGGAAAUAAAAAUGUAUGGCAAAAACAUGUAACAACAGAUGGUCAUCCAUAUUAUUAUAAUUCAGUAACAGGACAUUCACAAUGGGAAAAACCAAAAGAAAUGUCCGCAACAAAUUUUCCAGGGAAGGGUUCAGCACCCUCCUUUGGACCACCAGGUGCAAAUGUUUUUGUUUUUCAUUUACCAUCUCACUGGACAGACAUGGAGUUAUAUCAACACUUUCAACACUUUGGCUAUGUUGUAAGCGCACGAAUUCAACGAGAUGCCAAUGGAAGAAAUAAAGGAUAUGGAUUUGUAAGUUUUAAUAAUCCUGAGUCAGCCUUAAAUGCAAUAAAAGGUAUGCAUGGAUUUUAUGUAUCAGGAAAGCAUUUAAAGGUUCAACUAAAAAAAGGGGAAGAACAUUAUGUACAAAUGAAUACACCAGCACAACCACAAUUAACACCUGCACAACCAUAUUCAGUUCAACAACCCAUAAUAGGAAAUCAUCAACCUUAUAUGACUCAUUUAAUGUAUGGAGGUAUGGAUUCUCCAAAUCAAAUGAGAUAUAACACAUAUUCUAUAAGUAGAUAG